AUGACCGAGGUCGGUGGCGCUUUCAAAGACUCUCUCACUCAGGCCCAAAAGGAUGAGCUUCAUCAAAUUGCCUUGAAGAUUGUUGCUGAUGGCAAAGGAAUCUUGGCUGCCGACGAAUCUACCGGUACGAUUGGCAAGCGUCUCUCGGCCAUCAAUUUGGAGAACACCGAGGCGAACAGACAAAAGUAUCGCGAGCUUCUGUUCACGACACCCAACCUCAAAGAGCAUAUUUCGGGAGUCAUUCUUUAUGAGGAGACUUUCCAUCAGUCGACUGCCGAUGGCGUGAAGUUUGUUGAUCUUUUGGUCAAACAAGGAAUCGUUCCUGGAAUUAAGCUCGAUCUUGGUGUCGUUCCACUCGCCGGAACCAUCGGAGAAGGAACCACUCAGGGUCUCGACAAGCUUGCUGAGAGAGCCGCCGCAUUCAAGAAGGGAGGAUGCGGAUUCGCGAAAUGGCGUUGUGUGCUCAAUAUCGGACCGCACACCCCAUCGCACCUUGGAAUGCUCGAAAACGCGAAUGUGCUCGCCAGAUAUGCCUCGAUCUGCCAAGCCAACGGACUCGUUCCGAUUGUCGAGCCUGAGGUGUUGUGCGACGGCGAGCACGAUUUGGCUCGCGCCCAGAAGGUCACCGAGCAAGUGCUUUCGUUCGUCUACAAGGCGCUCGCCGACCACCACGUCUAUCUUGAGGGAACUUUGUUGAAGCCAAACAUGGUCACCCCAGGACAAUCGUGCCCCAAGAAGGCGACCCACGAGGAGAUCGGACUCGCCACAGUGACCGCUCUUCGUCGCGGAGUUCCAGCUGCUGUUCCAGGAAUCACAUUCCUGUCGGGAGGACAAUCCGAGUUGGAUGCCACUGCCAAUCUCAACGCUAUAAAUCAAUGCAAACUCGGAAAACCGUGGAAGUUGACCUUCUCUUACGGACGUGCCCUUCAAGCUUCAGUACUUAAAGCCUGGGGAGGAAAAGAUGAGAAUGUCCAAGCCGCUCAGAAGACUCUUUUGCACAGAUCAAAAGCCAACGGAGAUGCUUCACUCGGAAAAUACACCGGGGAAGAAGCUGCCGGAGCUGCUGCUGAGUCGCUUUUCAUCGCCAAACAUUCCUAUUAG